AUGCCACCGUCCCGUUCCGUGGUUUCAACUCCUCAGGCUAGGAGCUCAGCGUCCAGACUUGCCGGACCUGGAUUCUGCCGAAUGGCCGUCUCCGCUACUGCUUUCCAGCGCAAGUUCCUUUUGGAACGCGUGACUGUUGACAGACCAGGGUCAAGCCCGUGUUUGAGCUCAUCCACGUCAGCAACCCCUUUCCGGCGAGCAUCGCCAGUCGCGGAGGCUCCGGCAGCCUCCGCCAACUCCGCUGCUCCGUCGCUUGCAGCCAGCUCCGCGCAUCCCGCGUCGGUGUCCGCGCCGUCGCCGCGCACGACCCUGCAUUCCGGCCUCGCGAGUUCAUUGCAGCAUCACAUCAAUGGCUCUGCCAUCGGUUCCUCGUUGCGCUUCUCCGCGUCUUCCGCCUCCCCCGCUUCCGCCUGCGCCACUGAGCUGGCGGACGACCUCUUCACCGCGGCGACUACGCGCGCAUCCGCGGCGGAAGCCCUUGCGCUCGCGCGCGCAGCGCUAGCCGUUGCCAAGGAAGCCGCGGAGCUUUCGCUAUCGGAGGAAGCGAUGGGCCUCUACGACGACGACGACGGCGACGAAUACGUGUUACCACAGGAUAGCUCGCUAAGCUCGCCGUUGUUAGGCUGGGGGGAGGAAGAGGAGGAGGGAGCGGACGAGAUUAUGAGCAGCGAUCAGCUGCAUCAUAUGUGGCUCUUAGCCGUCGAUAAGGUCACGCAUGUAGGGUCGUAUGGCGGCGCGAAAGGUAGUUUGAACGCGGAACUCCGACCUUCCGCCUCUUCCUCUGCCUCUCCCCCACCACCUGCCCCAGUCCAGCCUUCCCCAGUCCAGCCUUCCCCAGUCGAACCUUCCCCCUUCCAAGCGUUCUCAACCCAGCCGUUCGCCCGGCUUCCACAUGACUAUCUUCCCCAGGAACCGCCGCACCCGGACGGCCGUAUCUUACCCGCGGUAGAUCGGACGGCGCAGGGUAGAUCGUUGAGGACAAGUCUUAGCGACCAGCCGCACGCCGUCAAACGCACCGCGAAGCCGAUUCCCAUGAGGAGGGCGGCGCGUCGGGCGGGUGGGGCGUCAGGAGAAGGGAAGGCGGAGGCGGGCAGUGAGGCGCAAGCGGUUGGCUACGGGGAUGUGAGCGGGGACGGCGUGCAUCCAGCGGAGAUUGUCAUGUGGGCGGAAGACGCCACGUAUCACGGGCUAGAGCGUGCGUUGGAGGACGGCGCGCGGGAAGCGGAGCGGAAGGCGGAGCGGGAGGGGGAAGCGGAGCGGAAGCCGAAGCGCGUGGUGAAGGCGGCGGCGGAAGGACCGGCGCUCGCUCGAGGGGAGGAAGAGUCGGAAGCGGAAGAUGCUGUCGUGGCAGAGGGGUACAGGCGGGCGGCGAAUGAGUCGGUUUUUACAAUGUUCGACACAGCAGGUGGUAACCCGCGGUUGCUGUCGGUGCAAGAGGAGAUCGAUCUCUCCAAGGGGGUUCAGGCGCUACUGAAGCUGGAGCGCGCGCGGGAGGAGCUAGAGGAGAAGCUGCUCCGCGCGCCCACCCGCGCGGAGUGGGCGGAAGCAGCGGGGCUGUCCGUUGCGGAGGUGCAGGCGCGCGUGGCGUGGGGAAAGGAGUGCAAGCAGCGCAUGAUCGCAUCGAACAUGCGAUUGGUUAUUUCCGUCGCGAAGAAGUACACGACGCGCGGUUUGUCGCUGGAGGAGCUUAUAACGGAGGGGUGCAUGGGGCUUAUGAAGGGCGUGGAGAAAUUCGACCACAGCAAGGGCUUUAAGUUCAGCACGUACGCGCACUGGUGGAUCCGCCAGGCCAUCAGCCGCUCCGUCGCGGAGCAGAGCCGCAUCGUGCGACUUCCGGCGCACAUCUACGAGCUGGUGUCGCGCAUCAACCGCGCCAAGGCCAUGCUGACGGACGCGCUGGGGCGCGCGCCGGCGGAGCGGGAGGUGGCGCAGCUGGUGGGCAUCACGCGGGGCAAGCUGCGCAGCAUCAUGCGGACUGUGCGCGCGCCCACGUCCAUGGACCGCCCUAUUGCCUCGGACGAAGGGGAUGAGACGCUCGGGGCCUUCGUUGCAGAUAACACAUUGGAGAACCCCGAGGACAUGAUCAUGCAGCAGCUCAUGCGCAAGGACCUGGAGAACGCGCUGCACACGCUGACGCCGCGCGAGAGGGAGGUGAUGUGGCACCGGUACGGGCUGGACGACGGGCGCGUGAAGACCCUGGAGGAGCUGGGGUCGCUGUUCCGCGUGACGAGGGAGAGGGUAAGGCAGAUUGAGGGCAAGGCGCUGCUGAAGCUGAGGCAGCCGGGGAGGAGCAGCGCACUCAAGAGCUACAUUGAUGGGCAUGCACUGUAG